AUGAGCCAGAGUCGGACUGUCCACGUGACUCAGUUUCCGCACUCACGGCUGUAUGCACCCGCAGUCUGGCGGAGGCGGGCAGUCCUCGUACGCAGUACGGUCAAGGCCUGCCGCCCGAGCGUGCGGCAUAUCCGUCCCCGGAUACACGACCAUUCACGCAUCUGCUAUGUCUUCACCUUCAACAGCUGCUUCGAGCCCUCAGAACAAGCCGCGAGCCUGUUGCUUCUCGGCAUUUUCGGUUGGUCGGACGGACGCAACCGCAAUGAGCUGCACGGCGAGCGCGGCCGAAGACUGACCUUCUACACUGGUCCGCGCGGAAGUGCCAGUAAGCAGAAUCAAAGCGCGCGCAACCAAGGCUGUCCCUCGGGAAUCGGCGUACAAAAGAGCGCAUCCUCCCGCAAGUCGCAGAUCGCGCUCGAUGUCCGGUUGCUGCCUGGGGAAGCGGGCACGCUGAGUAUCCGGUAG